AUGUCAUUCCCGCCAGGAGGGAAUGUCUUCCAAGGCAACUCUCAGCAACAGUUCGCUCAAUACGUGCAGCAGCAGAAACAGCAGCAUCAUAUGCAGACCGGGCAACAGCCUUUCCAAUCUCCGCAGCUCGGAUUCUCGGGCUACCCCAAUGCGCAACAGCAGCAAGACUUUAUGCCGAAUAUUACACCGCAGCAAAUCCAAGCCAUACUGAAUCAAAAAAACUCUGCCAUGCAGACAGGUUUACAGGGAAAUCAGUACAUGCCAUCACCCAUCAUGUCGCAACUCCAACCCGGCAUGCCCAUACCCACCAGUAUGCCUAUGCCUUCAACUCAACCCCAUCAACCACCACCCCCACGACAGGCAAAUGGCUCGGUCAACAUUAUAGCUGACCUAGUGAACAAGGCAAAGGCAGGACUAUUAUCACCCAUGCAGCUCGCACAGCUGCGAGCGAUCCUAGGGCAAGAAAGCAUACAACCGAGUCAACAAAAUCCAGUGAUGCAACCAUCGAUGUCUACUUCGAGCCCAGUCAUACCCAUGAAAAAAUCACCAAUGAUGAUGCCGAAUCAACAGCCCACGGCUGGCCCUAACAUGCCCCAGAUGAACAUGCUUCUCAAUGCGGCCAACGUACAGCAGCCCCAACAACAAGCGAACUUGCUGCAAGGCUUGCAGUUCAUCCAGAAAAUCCAGCAAAAACUUGCUGAAAUUGAUCAGAAAUUGGCAACGUCUAUUCACGAACAUGAGCGCCAAAUGCUUCAGCAUAACCGCCAAGAGCUUCUUCGUGUGCAGGGAACCAUAAUCCAGAAACUCUCACAGGGUUCACAAAUGCACCAGCAAAAUUUUAACUCGUCUUCGCCAAAUCUAAUGGCCAAUGCCACUUCUUCACCCCUGACCAAUUUUUCCCAGCCGAAUUUCAACAAUGCGCCAAAGCCCUCGAUGAAUAUGAUGAAUACACCGAACGCAGCCUCACACAUGUCACCAGCCAAUUCGUUCCAAAUGCCGGCCAAAAUGCCUGCGCCUACCCCGUCGCAGCCUGCGGCAAACGUGGCUAUCACACCUGAUCAAUUCAAACGAGCUCUUGCAGUGCUACAGCAUCGGCACGGCAAACCGGUUCAGAUGAACCCUAUUGUGAACGGUUACCCUAUUGAUCUGUACCAACUCUUCAAUACUGUCCAGUCGAUGGGUGGCAGCAAAAUUACGACUCAAAAGGGACUCUGGAACACUGUAGUAGGGUCCUUGGGCUAUGUAUCGUUGAACCAAGCCCAGGUCUCUGCAUUGGCUGUUCAGGUCGCGCAAGUGUACAAAACGUACCUUGAGCUAUUCGAAGAAGUGUGGAACCGGGCCAUGGUGCACCAGAUGUCUAUGUCCCACCAAAUGAACAAGACCAACGUGCCAGAUAUGCCACAAACCAGCCAGGGGUCUGCAUCCAUGCCCCACAGUGGUAUAUCUCCCAAUGCUGUAUUUGACGCCAUGAUGCAGCGUCCCAACCAGCAAGUCAGCCCUCCGUUGUCAUCCUAUCAAAAGGAUCCUUCAUUGUCGGUGGACUUGAGUGAAACAGACAAGCUUCCGACAACCAAACCGCAAUAUUCUCUCGCGAGCCCAAAGACACCAGCCGGGAAGCCGUCCAGGGUCGUAUGGCCCCAAGAAGAACAGAAGUCCACGCAGUCCAUGGCCUCCGAUCAAACUGCAGAGAAGAGCCACACUGCAUCGAAGGACAAAACGAAAAGACCUACCAUUCGCGUUACCACCCGGAUGCUGGAAGAGGCACGUUCAUUGCUGUACAAAGUGGAACUGAGUCUCUCUGUGUCCCGUCCCAAGCUCCCUGUCAUUGAAGAUAUCCCUGAAAGCGAAAAAGCAAUCAUCCUCCAACAAGUGGAGCAACUAGUCUCUCUGAAGACGACCGUGUCGGCUUUGCUACCGGUGUUCCUCGCCAUGACCCAGAAUCUCGAGCCUGCGAAGCGUGUCAAAAUUAUGAUUUAUAUCUUUGAAGAUCAAUUGGCACUUUUACCAUCUCGUAAAUGUAUUAUGCGUCUUUCAGAUUUGGAAAAGCUCAAGGUUCAAAUGACACGGUGUAUCGGCUUCGUUAGAAUUCAUGAUGAGAAGCUGGCUCGAAAAGUCAUGGCCAAGGCUGUGGCUGAUCAGCCUGAACUCCUUCAACGAAAAGCUACGCACUCUGUCGAAUCAAGCGCAGAAAAUACAUCACCUGUCACAGCAGCACCUAAGCAGAUGUCUUUGGGAAGUGCAGAGAUGAAAGAGGAUGGUGACGACGACGACAUUGAAAUCACUGCUACCAAUAUUAAGACACCGAUCAACAGCGCCACAUCACCAACUCAACCACUCAAGAUUUCGGGCAAAGAGAAGACAUCUAACAUACCCCGGGUAUCUGCGUUGUCCUCUCUUGAACCCAAAGAUGUACCUGGCCAGGCAAUCAACAAGCUAAUGACGGAACAGAUCCAAAACGAGCAAUUAUCCCAAAAUUCGCCGAUACAAUUUCUUGAAAAAGCUUGGAAUAAGCUUAUCACAGUCGAAACUCAAACAAAGGCAAACAAGUUCAAUGUCGAUGUUUUGAGACAUCAGUUGGACGACAUGUCUUGGCCAAACACUAGUCUGGAGUCUCUCAUUUAUACGGCUAUUGAUGCCCCUUACCAAAUUGGGCUCCAUGAUACUAAGCAAAGGAAUGAAUACUCAACUGCCUUGUAUACUAACGAACCCUUCUUAAAAAAUGAUGCGGACGAACGCCAUGCAAGUCACUCCUCUGAUACGAAACUCACAUCUUUCGAUAAGAUAAUUCUGAAACCCGCGCCAGAUGCGUGGAGGGAACAGGCGACCAAUGAGGACAGCAAGAAUAAGCUGAACGAUUUAACAUCGGAAAGCGAUCAAGAUUGGUGGUCGAAAGAUUUUUUUAAAUAG